UGCAGUACAAAAUAAUGAGCCUCUGCAAGUCGAUUAUAUUUGAGGAGGUUGAAGUUUGGUUGCUUAUUUGCACAGGCAUGCGUUUCAGGCGAAAAUUCGAAGCUAUUUCAGGCGAUUAUUAGUGGUGGUUCCUUCAUGUCUGAAGGUUCGAAUAGCAGACAGAGCAAAACUAUAAUUGGCGCUGGUUUGUACUAUUCAGCAACAUCAGAUAUGUCGUUUCUUACUGAAAUGAGUUUACGGAGGCGAUUUGAAGCACUUACAGGCGGAUUCAAGUGCGCCUAAUCCAUAUUUGGAGGAUGUAUUUUGAAGAUUCGAAGUUUACAUUUGAGCAACCGAACUUGUUCGUCAAGCGUUUAGAAGUUAUUAAUUGGAAAUUCUAAACAGUAUUUUUUAUUUAGGAAAUCCCUUACACAGUAGGAGGCAUUCGACGGUAAGAACAACCGACUUGAGCAGCUGAGAUUAUUUCUGAGCUAAUGGCGGUAAUCAAGCUGUCUGCAAACAAUGUCUGAAUUGCCACACUGGCAUUGAUGGCAGAACAAAAGUAUUAUUGGCUGUGGUUUCUGGCGUUCAGAAACACUAGAUGUGUCGUAUGUUACUGGUUCUCUACGGGACACAUUUAAGUUGCAUAAAGAUGCCCAGGCAAUGUGCUUCUUCACAUAGUUAUCUGCUGAGAAACCAGUUGUGGUUUUACUUCUAUCAUGACCGGAACCAUCUGUGUAGUUCCUGCACUCCGUGAAAGGGAUUGCAAUAUUCAGGAGCAUCUGAGAAACCAUGUACACUUGACUAAUUGUAUUCAUUUGAAGAAUCACGUCCACAUGCAGAAGCCCAGAAGAAUGUCCGCAGAGAGCUCUCUUAUGAGGGACUUGAUUGUUCUACAACGGUCAAGAUCCCUCAGAGAUCCUUCUACAAGCCCUUCAUGGAACUCCCCGGUUAUUGGAUCUUUGAUGAAGAGGCUGGAGAAGGAAGGGGUAACUCAAAGGAAUGAUUUUGGUGGUGUGAGAUCUUUGGGUGGAGAACUGAGGAAAGAGUUGAGAAGAGGUUUUGGCACUUCUCCAAUUUCCCCAGGUGAUGGUUCUAGAAGAAAUGCAGGUAGUAUUAUUGUUACUGAAGACUCAGGCAAGAAGGAGAAAGGAUUGGGAAACAGCAGAAACAAAGGGUUAGUAGACCCUUAUGCAGGUAGUGUGUUAGGAAGCAGAAUUGGGGAGAAUAAUAAUGAGGUAGUGGGGGAUGAGAGUCACAGAGGUAGUUCUAAGCUUGGAAGUUUAGACAAUAUGAGAGAGAGGAGAACCACAAGGAGGGAAUACAAUUUAAGUGAAGGAUUGGAAGUCGAUGAUUCAGUUCCAGGGAAUAUGUUAAAUAUGAUGAAAAAGACUUCGAGAAGGAAGGGAGUUGAUGAUAAUAGUAGUGUACCAGGAAAAAGGUCUGGGCAAUCUAAGAAAUUCAUUGUGGAUAGCCAUGAACUUCCAUAUCCACAUUUUCAUCAUAGAGAAGAUCAGGGCACAAAAGAAGAGAUUGAGUCAAGCUAUGCAGCAGAGCAUAAGGGGCAGGCAAUUUCAGUUAGUCACUACCAUAUCUCAGGUGAGGAGUCUAGCAGGCCUAGAAAGCGUAAGUUUAAAGGCUCAAAGAAAUCACAUGCACAUGGAGUUUCUAGGGAACUAGGACACAUUUAUGAGACCUCAGGUCUUUCUAUUGCUUCAAAUUCUCUUAUUCAUGGUGCAUAUAAGACAAAAGGGUUUGCAGGUUUGCAAGAGACAGAAUUGCAAACUGGAGGUAAUGAACUUGAAGUUACACAAGCUCCUAGAAAUGGAUGUGGAAUUCCUUGGAAUUGGUCCAGAAUUCACCAGAGAGGGAAGACAAUAUUGGACUUUGCAGGCAGGAGCCUUUCAUGUGGACUAUCAGAUUCAGCAGCACGGAAAAUGGAAGGUCUUGCUCCACAAGGCCAUUUUGGUUCGCAUAGAGAUUUUCCUGUAGUUUCAGGAACCUCAGACCACUCUAAUUCUUCUUUUGAUUCUGAUUCUGAGGCACUUCCCCUACUGAUUGAACCAGGUGCAUCUCAGGAAAGUGCUGAAGGAAAGGUUUCAGGUGAGCUUAGUCUCUAUGCUGAUCACAAUUUUGGUUUCAAACAAGAUCAUGACUCUGCUUCUGACACCAGGUCAACAGACCAAUUUGGAGUUGGGAGAGGUCUUGAAGGUAGUGAGACCUUGAGUCAUGAAUUUGGGCAUCGCUCCUUGACCCAAAAGUAUGCUCCAAAGGCAUUCAAGGAAUUGGUAGGCCAAAAUUUGGUUGCACAAGCUCUUAAUAAUGCUAUGCUGAGAGGGAAAAUUGGGUUGGUAUACAUAUUUUAUGGUCCUCAUGGUACAGGAAAAACAUCAUGUGCGAGAAUAUUCACUGCAGCUUUGAACUGUAAUUCUUUAGACCAGCCUAGACCCUGUGGUGUGUGUAGUUCUUGCUUAGCACAGAGCACCCAAAAGAGUAUGAAUGUCAAAGAAGUUGGUUCUGUUGGCAUCCUGGAUCAUGAGAAUAUUACCAGUCUUCUUGGAAGUUGGGUUUUUUCUUCAUCCAUAUCUCAUUAUAGGGUGCUUAUAGUGGAUGAUUCUGAUACACUGAAAAGUGAAGCAUGGAAUGUCAUCUCAAAGAUUUUGGAUCAAGCACCUAGGCAUGUGGUGGUGAUUCUUAUCACUACAAAUCUGGACCAGCUGCCUCAUACCAUUGUUAGCAGGUCCCAAAAGUUUUACUUCCCAAAAUUGAAGGAUGUUGACAUCAUAAAAAAAUUGCAGGCAAUAGCAUUGCAUGAAGAUUUAGAGAUAGAUAAGGAUGCAUUAAAACUUAUUGCAUCAAGGUCAGAUGGAUCUUUGCGUGAUGCUGAAAUGAUGCUAGAUCAAUUGAGUCUUCUUGGGCAGAGAAUAUCUCUUCCUCUAGUGCAGGAACUAGUUGGUUUGAUUCCAGAUGACAGGUUGGUGGAUUUACUUGACUUGGCAUUAUCUGCAGACACUGUAAAUACAGUCAAGUCUUUAAGGGAACUUAUGGAGGCAGGGGUGGAACCAUUGGCUCUGAUGUCACAGUUAGCAACAUUAAUAACAGAUAUUCUUGCAGGAAGUUACAAGUUCUCUGAAGAAGGGCACAGGAAGUUUUUCCGAAGAGAAACGUUGUCCAAAGAAGAGAUGGAAAGAUUGCGGCAGGCAUUGAAGACACUUUCCGAGGCUGAGAAACAGCUUCGACUGUCAAGUGAUCGAACAACGUGGCUAACAGCUGCUUUGCUUCAGCUUGCUCCAGAUCAGUCAUAUAUGUUGCCAAGUUCCUCUGCAGGUACCAGUUUCAGGCAGAGGCCUAUAGCACGGAAUCACACGAGUGAAAAGCAAAUUACUGAUAGGGAAUCUGUAGAUGCUAGACGUGACCAUAAAGAUGAUAUGCUUGAGAAUACACACAUCAAAGAUUUCAGAUCAAAGAAAGAUAUCAUUUCCGCUAAGAGUACCAAGGAUCCUGGCCCAGUCAGCCGUGGUGGAAGCAGAGCUAAGGCCAGUUCAUCAAUUUUAUCAGAGAGAAACAAAAGUUUUGAACAUAAUGUGGAUUCAAAGAUUAUUGGUAAGAAAGCAAUGCCAACAACCUCAUUUGCAUACUCCAUGGAGGUAAAUGAAGCAGGGUUGAGGCAAUUUAUCUGCAGAAGUCCAACUAAGCUUGAAGAUAUUUGGGAAAGAGUUCUAGAGAAGAUCCAUACAAAUUCUUUGAAGCAAUUUUUGCGUGUACAAGGAAAACUCUUUUCAGUCUCUUUUGGAGCAGCUCCAACAGCAAGUCUGGUCUUUAACCAUCAGGAGCACAAGGCAAUAGCAGAGAAAUCAAGGGCAUCUAUCAUACAGGCAUUUCAGUUAGCCCUUGGCUGCCCAGUUGAAAUUCAAAUUGACUAUGCACCCACUCAAGAAAGGAAAGCUGAUUUACAGGCCAGACUUAGUUUUCCAGAGGGCCAAUCAAAUGCUUCAUAUGCUGUCCAAACCCAUGGUUUGAAUUCCUCCACUCACAGAUUACAGCUUGGUGCCCCUGAAACUCAAAACAAUUUAAGAAGUGAAAUUGGUAAUGACAUGAUAACAGAUGGGAGGGAAAAGAUCCAAUCUCAUACCCUGGAGGCUUCCAAAAGUGAAAUUGUUGAAAUUGAAGGAGAUUUGGCAUCUCAUCAAGGCCAUGUGGGUAGCCAACAUAUAGGAAAACCAGUAGAUGAAAAACGAAUGGAAAGUGCAUGGUUACAGGAAGCUCAGUCUUCCCCCCAUUUAUCUACCUUUGGUCCUUAUCGACCAGAGAAGCAUAAGAAUGCAAGAGAACGUCCCAGGACACAAAACCUAACCAAAAGUAAAGUCUCACUUGGUUAUGUUAUUCAACAAGGAGAGGGAAAUGUUGAAGGUUUCAAUCGAGAUCAGCACCAUGAUUACACUGGCAGAUGGCCAAAACAUAAAGGGAUUUCCAUUGCUGAGAAGCUCGAACAAGAAAACUUGAGGCUUGAGUCAAGGUCGGGAGGUCUUCUUUGUUGGAAGACAGCUAGAGUUAAUCAUAAGAAGAUGUCAUUAAAGGGUCGAUGCAAGAUGGGAGAAUGCUUACUGUGCUCAGGAGGGUAGGAUGGACAAGCCUAGGACUGAAGUACCCUUAGAAACUCGCCUAAUUCCUUUUGGGUGUUGGAAUAAAGGGUCAGGCCUUUUCUAUUAACUUGGGUCCUUUUCAUUGUAAAAGUGAAUUUAAAUGAAAUGAAGACAGAAUGUCUCACAUAGGAUUCUUUCAAGGGAAGUUUAAGUGACUUUGCCUCUUCGUAAAGGACCUCAUGAUCUACCGUAUUAAGGAUCAGAACAUUUUCUUUGGGAAUGCCCUAUAGUAAGUAUUUACUUUAGUUUACCCUUAUUUUGCCUCUGGAGUUAAAUGGUCAUUAUUCUUCUGAUCUUUUUCAUACUAAAAUCUUCAAGUAUACAAUUGGUCUGAUUUAUGAAAUUGUAAUGGAAGUAAUUCUCGUGACUUUGCUAGUGGUUUGUCUGAUACACAAUAGUACUUAAGCCUCUUCAAACGUCUCUUCAUCUAUCUAGAAUUUAGUUACUAAAUGGUUAGUAAAUGUUGUUACUUAGAAUGCUGGCAUUUGAAAUGUGCCAAUUGUUCUCUAUAAAUUAAUAAUUUUUUGGUUAUUUUGGACUGACUUCAUUCUGUUGCCUGAUCUGAAAAUGUUUGGUUUUGGCGUAGGGAACUCACUACAGGAUU